GCGUGCGCCUGUGCUGCCGUGUGGCGCUUCGACCAAGUUGAGAUCAUUCCCGACCUGGACGAUGGCUGUCUCACCAUGCCAUCUUGUGUAGCGUUCACGGAUACGAACCGUCUUGUAGGCUCCGCUGCUAAGAACCAAGCGGCAAGCAAUCCAUGAAACACAAUCUUCAAUGCUAUGCGGUUUAUCGGCCGCAAAUUCGCUGAUCCUGAGGUACAAUACGAUCUGAGACACUCUUCCAUGCGGAUCAUAGCUAUACAUGGGAAGCCCGCUUUUCAAGUUGAGUACCGGGGCGAAACGAAAUAUCUAAAGCCCGAGGAAAUAAUUGCAAUGAUAAUAGCUAGAGUCAAAGAGAACACCGAGGCCUACCUGGGAAGUCAACCGAAAGGCGCUAUUUUCACCAUUCCGGCAUACUUCAAUCAGUCUCAGCGUCAAUCUAUCCGUGAUGCGGCCCAUAUCGCAGGAAUGGAUGUUUACAACUUCUUCAGUGCCCCCGCCGCUGCCUCCUUGGACUACGUAUUCAGUGAAGUGCGCACUGGCCAGCAGAAUGUUCUCUUUGUCGAUGUAGGAGCGGGCACGGUCAGCGUAAUGCUCAGUACUAUUGAACAAGAAAUCGGAGAAGGAAUCAUAGAAGUCCAAGCCACAGCCGGUGACCUCCAUCUCGGCGGCGAGGACUUUGACAUACGAAUCAUGAACAGGAUGAUUCAGAGGUUCAAAAGAAAGACAGGCCAUGAUAUCACGGUCAGUGCCCGAAAAGCACAUCUAGAAAUCGACUCGUUGUAUUCAGACAUCAACUUCCACUAGCCAAUUACACGGAAGGAUUUUGUGGAGG